AUGCGUGAUCAGAACGAAGCUGGUGACGAAUGGGUAUUCGAAGGGGAUAACACGCGAAACGAAUUCUGCGAAUGGCUCUUUACAAAAGAACAUGCGGGCUGUACCGUAAUGGCGCAUAAUUUCCAAGGUUACGAUAGCUACUUCAUUCUCCAAUACCUACGCGAGAACGGUGUCAAGUAUGACGUCAUUAUGCGCGGUGCAAAGGUUCUCACGUUGUCGGUGCCCAUGUUUAAGAUCAGGUUCAUCGACUCCCUGAGCUUUAUCCCGAUGAAGUUGGCGGAUUUUCCAAAAACCUUUGGUUUGGACGAAUUAGCCAAAGGCUAUUUCCCUCACCUUUUCAACAAGAAAGAGCACUGCCUCCGAGGAGUCCAUAUUACAAUCACCAAUGGCAUAAUGAAUUGAAACAGAAGAAUUACGUGUUCAAUUUUCAGCAAGAAAUCCUGAGUUACUGCCGCUCUGAUGUUGAUAUUCUCCGUCGCUGCUGCCUUGAGUUUCGCGAGUUGUUCCGUGACGUCACAGACAUUGACCCCUUUGAAAAAUGCCUUACCAUUGCGUCAGCGUGUAAUGUGGUAUAUCGAACGAAUUUCCUGCAAGAAGACACCAUUGCAAUCAUCCCUCCACACGGUUACCAUCCGAAAGUCAAGCAAUCCAACAUUGCCCUGAAAUGGCUGUCUUACACCGCUGAGAAGAAUGACAUUUUUGUUCAACAUAAACGGAGUGGUGGAGAGAAGAGUGUUGGCAGAUAUUUCCUGGAUGGAUAUCACGAGGAAACCAAUUCAACUUAUGAAUUCCAUGGAUGUUUCUGGCAUGGAUGCUUGAAUUGUUAUGCCCGUGAUACCGUGAAUCCCGUCACUGGUAAAACGAUGCACGACCUCUACAUGGCGACCGUAGAGAAGACCAGUUACCUCAGGGGCCGCGGUUUCAAAGUGAUCGAAAUGUGGGAAUGUGAGAUGAAGCGAGAACUGGAGCAAGACGAGGAUAUGAGAAGUUACUUUGACAAUUACAAACUGAUGGAUCCUUUGGAACCUCGUGAGGCCUUCUUUGGUGGUCGAACCAACGCUGCCAAACUCUACCAUCAGUGUGAAGAGGAUGAAAAAGUCAGGUACGUCGAUUUCACGAGCCUCUACCCCUGGGCCAAUAAGAUGACGCGGACAAUCGUUGGCCACCCACGCAUCAUCACCGAAAACCUCGACGAAGACAUCUCCACUUACUUUGGCUUAAUCAAAUGUACGCUAUUACCACCUCGAGGUCUUUUCCAUCCUGUUUUACCCUAUCGUACGCAGGGUAAAUUGAUGUUCCCCCUUUGCAAAACCUGUGCAGAUACGUGUGACCAGACCCCCUGUACCCACUCCGACAAGGGAAGAGUUAUCCAAGGAACCUGGUGUAGCGUGGAGUUGGAGAAAGCCCUAGAGAAAGGUUACCGAAUCCUACAAUUGCACGAAGUAUGGCAUUUUCCCAAAACCUCGGACGAACUGUUCAAAGAUUAUAUCGAUAAUCAAACAGAAGGCGAGUGGUUACCCCAAGGACUGUGUUACCAAGGAACAGAAACAACAGUACGUGGACGCAUAUCUAGAAGUAGAAGGAAUCCGUUUGGAUCUAAACAAGAUCGAGUAUAA